AUGAGCAGUGAAUCUGAAUCGACUCGAAAUACAGUACAUAGGAAAACAAGAAGGAGUAUUUUAUGCACCGGAGACAAUAAACUAGACGAUAAGAUAAAAGGCGCCAUUAGGAGAAAAUGGAUUUACGUGGGAAGAAUUGCCGGUUCUGAUGUAACAGCUCAAGAUGUGAGGAACUUCCUUUCGAAUCUUCCUGGAUAUGAAACAAUUGAAAUAAAUAAAUUAACAACGAAAGGUACAAACUCGGCUUUCAGUAUUGGAGUGCCUGAAGAAACAUACAAUCUGACGGUGACUAAUCGUGAGCCCACUCGUAUAACUCCACACUCGGCCACCUGCCUUGAUAAUGUAAUAUCUAAUCUGGAGGGCACUACAACUGUCCAGGAAGAGCAUAUGGCUGAUCACUCGGGGCUUAAAUUCAUUUUUCAGAAUGGACCAUUACCUCUUGAGUCAGUAGUGAAGAAAAAGGUGAGAAUAUUUAAUGACAACACACACCAACAUUUUGAAUGUCUACUCAAGAAGGCGGACUGGUCUAGUGUUUACCUUCUGCCAGAAAAUAAUGUGGAUGAAAUGUGGAAUUCCUUUUCCGAAAUUUUCGGCAUGAUUUAUAGUAUUGCUUUUCCGGUGAGGACAGUAAACAGGUGCAAGAAAAACAAAUUUCAGAACUCUCCAGAGGUUAAAUCAUGGAAGCGGUUAGCGGAUGCUCUGUUUGUGGUUUCUAGGUAUAGACCCGACAUGAUGGAAAAUUAUAGAUAUGCAAAAUACAGAUACGAUAAAGCAAUUAUUUAUAAUAGACAAUUUCAUUAUAGGAGGAUCAUUGAUGGAGCUGAUAAUAAAUCGAGCGCAGUCUGGAAUGUCAUAAGGCAGAUAACCAAGAAGAAGAGGACAUCUGAUGCCAAACUCCCAGCGCUAAGCGAAGAAGGUAAUCUGGCGGAGGCUGCAGAUGCAUUCAAUAGAUUCUUUACGAAUCUCCCACCGAGACAAACUGGAGGCCCAGAGGUCAAUUUGUAA